UUUGUUUAUAGAGUCACAGUUCAACCUCAAGUAAGGGGCAGGAAAUUGCCCCUACCGCUGAGGCUGGUAAACUGAACUGCACACUGUGUGUGUGCUUCAGGGCACCCAGAGAAUUCUUCAGCUCCUUCUAAAGAACUGCUUAUGAGAGUUCUGUUAUCCACGUAACAGUCCUUUAAAAUGAACCAAACGUGCAACCUCUGAAAAACCAGUGAACAAGUGUUGUACACUGCAAAACCAAAGUGCUGCUGAGAAAGCCAGAUCUCCUGAAUGGGAAACACUGGCAAUGAUCUGCCUGACAGCUGUAGCUACAGCCCCAGCCCACUCCAGUAACUCUGCACAAGAACUUUGCUAAACAUCAGGAGAGACUAUAAGGGGGAAAAAAAAAAACCCUUUUAAGGAAGCAUUUCAUGACAGUCAAGUUGUACGUGCCCAUUCUAUUCCCCUGGACAAAGGAAGCACAAACUGUGUACAUGGUUCUUUUCCUUUCCCUGUUCUGAGCUUCUGCACCAUUUGUUAGCCAAAAAUAACCCCCAUUCCACAACCAUAUAUGUGCAACAGCCUCCUGGUGAGUGCAGCCCUCUCCAGCACUGCUGUUGCUCCACGAGGCUAAGCAACUCUGUCACUGCUGCUGGGCAAUGCACAUAACCCAGCUCAACCGGGAAUGCCUUCUACAUCUCUUCUCUUUCCUGGACAAAAACAGUAGGAGAAAUCUAGCAAAAACAUGUCACAAGUUGCUAGAAGUGUUUCAGGAUCCUUUACUGUGGUCUUUGCUGAAGUUUCAUUCUCCAGUGGAACUAAAGAAGGAUAAUUUUCUCCUGGGACCUGCUUUAAAACACUUAUCCAUCUGCUGGUAUUCAGAGAGAGUCAAGGUGUGUAACAUUGAGGACUGGAUGAAAAACAGUCUCCAGAAAGACUUCUGUAAGAGGCAUGAGAACACUGUCAGUGAUUUUUUACUAGCCGUUUGCAACAGAUGUCCCAAUCUGCUGUCUGUGACCCUCUCUGGAUGUGGCCACGUUACAGAUGACUGCAUUUUGCAGCUUCUCAAGAGCUGCCCGAAGCUGAGGAGCCUCAAACUGGAGAACUGUGUGCGCAUCAGUGACCAGAGCCUGGAGGCAGUGACCCUCCACGGGGCAUCGCUGCAAACGCUCCACGUGGAUUUCUGCCGCAACGUCACUCGGGCUGGGCUGGACAGAGUCAGGGCCAAGUGUCCUUCAGUAAUGCUGAGGGCAGACAGGAGUGCUGGCAUGAUCCCUGACAGUAAGCCAGGAAAAAAGCUGAUGCUUGAAAAAGCAUCAAGAAAACUGGUUCAGCUUUAAAUGCAGCAAAAUAAUCAGUGUGGGUAUUUUACAUCACUGAGGUAGCAGUGAACUGUGGCUACUUCCGUGGGUUCUGGUCAAGUCCAAACAAAUGGUUAUUUUGUAAAGAGUGUACUGGGAAAGGGCAUGCAUGUCCUCCUGGAUGGACUUCAGGAAAAAAAAAAUUUGCUCUCUGUUGCUUCUUGAAACUGGAAAACCCUGCAUUGCUGUCACAAAAUGCCAGACCUGCUGAAAACUGCAAUUCUGGUACCCUCCUGCUGCAGAUGCACCUCACUCAGAAGAGGGAAGCAGUGGUGUGUUUACUGAGGCCAAAUAACUUGAUGGAGUUCAAUAAACUUUAUGGACUCUUAAGGAAGUUUAACAGUAGUUUGGCACGGUGCAGCAAGGUUCACUGACUGCAUGGAAGAAACACAGACAGAGUGAACUGAGGUAGAAUGAGACACACAGGGACCUGAGAACACAAACAUUAAGGAAGAGCCUCCCACUGGGUCACGGGGUUCAGACUGGACCCUCACUUCCAAAACUCCUUAUGUAAUGGGCAUAAAGCCACAGCAGAGAGAACCACUGUAGUCACUGCAGGAUUUUCAGAAAUUUCAGGGCAAGAGUGAUUAACAAACUUCUGUUAAAGGAGUUAUUGAGACAGUCAUUCCAUUCACAUAACCACCCCCUGAAAGUCUUUCUAGCAAAAGCAGAGUACAGACCUUCCUCAGUGGUUAACAUGGCAGCUAAUUUACCGAGCUUUUUUAUUUAAUGAGGGAAGCAUGGAUUCAAGGCACACAAAACACAGUUUGACCCUCUGCAUGAUGUACUUACAUAAUCUAAGAUGUACCAAGUAAUUUUUUAAAGCUGACAUUAAAGAAAGUGCAAUACAAGCAAGUGCUAGUUCAGAGAACUAACCCACAAGAAAAGACUGUGACUAACAGCCUGUAGCUUUAGAUGCUAAAGUAGGAGUACACUACAGACCAGCUCUAUAUAAACACCCAUUUCUCACUGCAAAGUACAAAACCAACAGCUGUUUUCAUCCCCAAGGGCAAAGCUGUCCCUUCCCUGCAUGCUGCUCUGCUACCUGGAAGUGAAACUUUUUUUUACAUGCUUUUGAUGCUAUGCCACCAUCUACAAAAUUUGACACCGAAGGACUUUACAGCUCUCAACAUAACUGAAUAUACUUACUUCUCCUUCUGAUCCUGGUUAACUGAUCCAGAGAUAUCCUUGGUACUCUCUAAUUGGCUGAGCUAAGAAAUAAAUCACAGCAUUACAGCAACUUAGUCAAUCAAUGCUGCAAUUAUAGAGAAACACUCGAUCGGUAUGAGCAUCUGUAAGAAACACUCACCCAGAAAAUCAAUGAGGAAAAUAAAUUAUUGUAUCUUCAUUACUUAGAGAUAUUUAACAGCAUGACACUGUAAAACUGGUAUUUCAUUAACUCCUUCCUAAUGUUCAAGUAGGGCCCUCAGCCACCAGAAGGUAAGGAAGAAAACCAGAAGUACAGACAGGACAAACAGCAAUCCUCAGGCAGCACUGACAGCUGCAAAAGGACACUGCUGAGCUGAACAGAUUUCCUGUGCUGUGGAAAUUGGGAAGCUGACACAACUCAUACCUUAGACACACCACAGCAGUUCCACGUACUGCUGACAAGGCAAAACAAGGUAAGGAUUUCUACAGCCACUGCAGCAAGCAAAGGCCUCCUGGUGCCACCAGCUCUGCCAGCACUCUGUGGUGGAAGACGAGUCUGCAGGCGUAACAGGAACAGAUCUCAAACAGCAACAAGAUAUGAAAGCACGUUUGCAUCUGUCUACAUACUACUUAAGCCUUUUUGCCAGUUUUCUACCAGGCCUGGGGGGUGGCGGGAAGGGUAUUUUGUGUGGUUUGUGGUUUGGUAUGUUUUUUAUUUUCUUUCAUAGAGCUAAAAAGGAGCUUCAAACACUAUCCACUUGGAUUCUUUGUCUAUUUGUAUAACAAUGCUCUAACUUAUUACUUUGUUCUUCCCCUUCUUGAAUGGAGAUAUUUAUUCAUGACAUGGUAAAAUCUGAACACAAUUGUACCGAUACAUUUUUUCAGCAUCAAUAAUGAUUUCUUUUUACUUCACAAUCCAAUUUGAAAAUUAAGUAUAGAAAACGAUGACACUUUACUUAGAGUAUAAUGGAUGGGUGGAAACAUGUCUGCAGUUUUCUUUAGUUACAAGCCAUUAAAGUUCAAUCAAACACAAACCUUUAAUCAACAUCCCCUCUGAUUUUACUGUAAACUGCCUCUAAAAAGAUCUUCGUUAUCCAGAAAGCCAACUGCGCAGUCCACAAAGAACUGCCAUUCUCAGGCACAGUUCUAUUACUUUCUGUGCUGAUUAAAACAGGCUGACAAAUCAG